AGGAGCGGCGUGUGGUUUAGAAGAUCAUUGUCAAGGCAAAGUCAUCACCAAACAUGAGGCUCAAUCUUCAGUCAGUGUGCAGGCUCAUCGUUCUGGUUGCUUGCUGCGUGCUGAACACAGACAGCACAUUUGUUCCGGGAAGAUGUUUGUGUCCUGAGACACAAGCGGGCGUACGAGGCAAACUGCAAGACAUCAGCGUGUACCACAAGAACCCCAACUGCGACAAAGUCACCGUUAUAGUGACACUGAAGAGCAACAAUGAUCCUGUGUGCCUGAGUCCUGAUGCUCCCAUGGGUAAACAGCUGAUUCGAUGCUGGAAUAGAGCAAAAUCCCUUGGGCGCAACGUGAAGCUGUGUUUGAGGAGAAGGAGGCGGCGAGGUCAGCGCCAACGUUCUCGGCAUCGCGGGAGAGCCUCAAAUAAACGCCAAUAAAGGAAACAAGCUACUGUCCAAGAGCGCACAUUGGACUUCAUAAUACAAAACUGAUAAUCAGGGCCAUUUAUAAAUAGCUGGACAUUAUGUCACUUUUCAUGAAGUGUCAGACAGCUCAGAUUCUUCUCUCUAAACUUGAAACGAGAUUAUCUUUUAUACAAGUUAGUAGUGGGAGACUUUAUUUAUCUAUUCAGAUGUCAUGUUUAUAUUGUUGAUGUGUAUGUGUAUUAUUUAUUUUUAUACAAACAUGUACAGUAGAUAUUGCUUUGUAAAUAAACAACUUUAACAUUGAA